UUUAGGGUGUUUCUAAUAAAGAGGCCAGUGAGUGGAAGUAAAAGGGAGGUAUUUCUAAUAAAAUGACCAGAUAUAAUUUCAUGUCUUAUGUAGUGCACACAGGGAGUAGAAGUACACAGUAGGUGCUUCUAAUCAAGUGGCCAGUGAGUGGACAUACAGGGUAAGUGUUUCUAAUAAAGUGGCCAGUGAAUGGAAGUACCAAGUAGGUGUUUCUAAUAUAGUGGCCAGCUAUUGUUUCAUGUCUUAUGUAGUGCACACAGGGAGCAGAGAGACAUUAAGAAUUCAGACUGGCCUGAGAGAAAGGAUCAGCUAAAGACCUGUUGGAACUGAUUGGCUGGGACAGCGUUGUUGUAGAGAAAUGUGAUUGGUCAGGGGGUUCAAUGCAGUAACGCACCUGCUGUGAACGUCCAGGUGAGCUGUAUCACUGACAGGUGAGCUGUGGAGUCUCGUCUUGCUGAGGACAUGCAAACAGAAGGCUGGGGUGGUUUAAAAAACACAAGCAGAGUGAGUGAAUGGAGUUAGUUACCACCCCCACCUCCUCUGACUCGCAACACCUACGAUGCCUACCUGCUCCACCGGCUGAUGUCACGGCUGGACUGGCGCUACAGGCUUGGGGACAUUUCUUCUACUUAAACCGAUAAAACGUCCGCACCUGCAGCACUGAGUUCACAGUCACCAUGGAGUCGUUUCUGAAAGGUAUCCCAUCAUUUGAGAAGAUGGCAGGUGUUUUUUCUUAUGAGAGUUCUGAGGUGGACUGGUGUGAAGACAACUAUAAACACUCGGAGAAUGUUGUGGAGUACUUCAACACGAUGAGCAGUUUCAUCUUCUUCGUAGUUGCACCCAUAAUGCUGUACCUGCUGCACCCGUACGCCAAGGAGCGGAGCCUGGCGGUCCACCUGGUCUGGUUCAUGAUGAUCUUUGUGGGUCUCUUCUCCUUGUAUUUCCACAUGACCCUCAGCUUCAUGGGGCAGAUGCUGGAUGAGCUGUCCAUCCUGUGGGUGCUGGCCAUCGGCUAUUCUCUCUGGUUUCCACGCAGACAUUUCCCGUCUUUUGUUAAAGACAGGAGCUCUUUCUCUCGCAUGGUGCUGGUCAUUACGGUUGUAACCACGCUGUCCUCGUUUGUCAAACCCACAGCCAACGCCUACGCCCUCAACUGCUUCGCCCUGCACAUCCUCUACUCUCUGUAUUUGGAGCUAAAGAGCUGCACAGACCAGCGCGUGCUGCGUCUGGCUUGGGCCUCCAUUGGCCUGUGGGUGCUGGCCAUUUCCUGCUGGAUCAGUGACCGCUUCGGCUGCAGCUUCUGGCAAAAGCUCAACUUCUGCUAUCUGCACGGCAUCUGGCACAUCCUGAUUGUGGUUGCCACGGCCUACGGCAGCACUCUGAUCGCUUACCUGGACGCCAGCCAGGAGAUUCCUUACUCACUUCCUGACCUGCAGUACUGGCCUCGGGACAACUGGGCCCUGGGCCUGCCUUACAUCGUCCUCAAGGGCAACGCCAAGACCCAGAAACGAUGCUAGUGAAGAAGAGGAUGAAGGGAUAGAUGGCUUAACCUCAGGAAGGGCUUAGUGAUGAGCUGUUUAGUUGGAUCAGGUGUGAAAUCACUAAAAUGUGCACAGCAGUGGGUUUACGGUUAAGCAGGAUUUCUCAGUAAGCUGGAUCAUUUAAAGGGCCCUUAUUAUGGAAAAUCAAAUUUCCUUCGCUUUUUCAAAUAAGAGUGUGACGUAAUAUCAGGUAAUAUGUAACACUGUUAAAGUUUCCAGUCCAUUGCAGAAACAGCCCAUUUUGAGAUAUAAGGAGUGCUUUUUACAUAAGAGGCACAAUACAGGCCAGCCAAUUGGAACAGAGCUCAUUUACAUAUAUCAGUCUUAAAGGCACAGUAACAAAAACAGGCUGGUUCUUCUGAGGGGUAAAAAGAGGUUGGAAAAUGGUUGUGUUAAAAUACGUUAUGACUUUUAGUGCAUAAAGCCACACAAGUGUUAGAAGUGGAUCUCAAAUAAAAUAAAACACAAAAUAUGUGUGAAACAUGGGCCCUUUAAGGCUAAAGUGAGGAUCACCCAACAGAAAUGGUCCUUACCAUUUCUCCUAUUAUACAGGUGUGAAGUUGGGCUUCAGUUAUCUGGCUUACUCUGAAAUUCUGCUUCAUGAAAUAGCCGCCAAUCAUGGGGCCUGUCUCUCGAAGCAAUUGGAACUUAGAAGACGUUCCUGAAUAAGUUUAAACUUUACGAAACUUAACAAAUGUAACUGCGGUUAAUUCAUUACUUUUUAACAGCAGUUAACAACUUUCUCUCCUAAGCCAGGUUUAUUUAGGAUACUCAAGCUGUGAUUAAUCCUCGUGCGCAUGAACACGAAAGCAUGAUGUUUGUGACGAACAGCCAGUGCUGAGAAACAUGGAGUGGUCGAGUGGGUUAUUUCAAAGAAGAAAAAAAAUCUAUUUAAAUAUGUAUAAAGUAAAAAGCAAUGCUGUUUCCAUGGCCAUCGUGUUGGCGCUUAUUGGGGUGAUAAUGGCUUAAUACCAUGUUAGGCCCUGACUGGUCAGAAGCUAACUCUGGUUGGUCCAAGAAAUGAUUUUGAAAUGCACCUGCCUUGGUGCAGGUUAGCCACUGCUAUUAGACAGACUAGGUCAGACUAAGGUUAGCUGGCUAAGCAAGAAAUCCUGCCUCGUGAGACAGACCCCUGAAUGACUAUGAUGGGUUUUUUUGCUGCAACUGUUUGAUAUUGAUGCUACUUUUGAAUCCUGGAACACUUGAUGUUUACAAUAUACUCACUAAUAUCAGUUUUAGGACUAAAUAGAAAGAUCAUGUGUGUCUGUGUCUGUAUAUGUCUAUAACACUCAUUACUGUGAAUGGUUGACCUGU